GGGAUGGAGGAGCUGCCAGGUGAAGAAGUCUGGAGAUGUCUAGGAUGUGGGGACAGCAUUGCUGCUGGCCAACGCCUCUACAAGACUGUCAAUGAAGCUUGGCACGUUUCCUGCUUCCAGUGCUCUGAAUGCCAGGAUCCCCUCACUAACUGGUACUAUGAGAAAGAUGGGAAGCUGUACUGUCACAAAGACUACUGGGGCAAGUUUGGGGAAUCUUGCCACGGCUGCUCUCUGCUGAUGACUGGGCCUGUGAUGGUGGCUGGCGAGUACAAGUACCACCCCGAGUGCUUUGCUUGCAUGAGCUGCAAGGUGAUCAUCGAGGAUGGGGACACUUAUGCGCUGGUGCAGCAUUCCAGUCUCUACUGUGGCAAAUGCCACAACCAGAUUGUGCUGACGCCCAUGAUAGAAAAGCACUCCACAGAGUCCCUGCGUGAGCAGCUGCCUUACACCCUGACCCUCAUCUCCAUGCCGGCAGCUACUGAUGGCAAGAGGGGGUUCUCUGUGUCUGUUGAAGGUGGCUGCUCCAGCUAUGCCACCAGUGUCCAGGUGAAAGAAGUUAACAGGAUGCACAUCAGCCCAGACGUCCGGAACGCCAUCCACCCUGCCGACCGCAUCCUGGAGAUCAACGGAGCUCCCAUCCGCACGCUACAGGUGGAGGAGGUGGAGGAGUUGAUUCGCAAGACCAGCCAGACGCUGCAGCUGCUGAUCGAGCACGACCCUGUCUCGCAGCGCCUGGACAGGCUCCGGCUGGACUCCCGGCUGCCCACCCACAUCAAGCCACCCCUUUCCCCACGCUCCCUCUCUCCGCUGGACAUCAAGGAGAACCUGGAGGGAACUCUGCAGCGGCGCUCCCUCAGACGCAGCAACAGCAUCUCCAAGUCCCCGGGCCCCAGCUCACCCAAGGAGCCGCUGCUCCUGAGCCGGGACAUCAGCCGCUCCGAGUCCCUGCGCUCCUCUUCCAGCUGCUCCCAGCAAAUCUUCCGGCCCUGCGACCUGAUCCAUGGUGAAGUCCUAGGAAAGGGAUUUUUUGGACAAGCAAUCAAGGUGACUCACAAAGCAACAGGAAAGGUGAUGGUGAUGAAGGAGCUGAUUCGCUGUGAUGAGGAGACACAGAAGACUUUCUUGACAGAGGUGAAGGUGAUGCGCAGCCUGGAUCACCCCAACGUGCUGAAGUUCAUCGGGGUGCUGUACAAAGACAAGAAGCUGAAUCUGCUCACUGAGUACAUCGAGGGGGGCACACUGAAGGACUUCCUCCGCAGUGCGGACCCAUUUCCCUGGCAGCAGAAGGUCAGCUUUGCCAAAGGAAUUGCCUCAGGAAUGGCUUACCUGCACUCUAUGUGCAUCAUUCACAGAGACCUGAAUUCACACAACUGCCUAAUCAAGCUGGACAUGACGGUGGUGGUGGCUGACUUUGGGCUGUCUCGGCUGAUCGUGGAGGAGAGGAAGAAGCCCAGUCUGGAGAAGCCCUCGGCCAAGAAGCGGAGCCUGCGCAAGAGCGACCGGAGGAAGCGCUACACCGUGGUGGGCAACCCCUACUGGAUGGCCCCCGAGAUGCUCAAUGGACAGAGCUACGAUGAGACAGUGGACAUCUUUUCAUUUGGGAUUGUCCUCUGUGAGAUAAUUGGCCAGGUCUAUGCUGACCCUGACUGCCUGCCGCGCACGCUGGAUUUUGGCCUUAAUGUCAAACUGUUCUGGGAGAAGUUUGUUCCUGCUGACUGCCCUCCAGCGUUUUUCCCUUUGGCUGCUAUUUGCUGCAGACUGGAACCAGAGAGCAGGCCCCCCUUUUCCAAGCUGGAAGAUUCCUUUGAAGCUCUCUCCCUGUACCUGGGAGAGCUUGCCAUUCCCCUGCCAUCCGAGCUGGAGGAGCUGGACCACAACGUGAGUGUGCAGUACGGCCUGACCCGUGACAAGCUGCCUGAGAGCACGACCUAG